AUGGCUAAUGUUAGGAAACCAAAUACAAAUGGUUCACAAUUUCUUAUUACCACUGUACCAGCACCAAAUCUCAAUGAGUAUUAUGUGGCGUUUGGUGAAGUCGUGGAUGGUCUAGAUGCUGUCAAGAUAAUCGAAAGUUAUGGUUCACCAUUGUUUAGUCCAACGGCCAACAUAGUUAUUACGGAAUGUGGUGCUCUCGAAUAA